AUGGACAGCAUCUUCCUCUCAAAACCCUUUACCUUCAUCAUACGGGGAAAACCAUUCUACGUCCAUGCCUCAUUGGUCUCCGCCUGCUCCGCUCCUCUCAGCUGUAUGAUCUCCGGACCUCAUAAAGAAGCACAUCAAGGCUUUGCCAUCCUUGAAGAGGUGACCGAGGAUACUUUCACCCGAUUUGUCCGGUGGAUGUACAGCAAGGACUACAAGGCUGCUGAGCAUACCCUGAGCGAGGAUGAUUGGGAUCCAGGUUCGGACACCGUUCUGAGCUCAUGGUCGCAAGCGGAAUCCAAUCUCUCCCACACUAUUGGCCCUGAUGAUUGGUUUGAUGCCCCGCUGGGAAAGAAGAAGAAGAAAAAUACGCCAGAAUCUACCAGCCUGAAGCAAAGAUUCGUCAGCUGGGGGACUACGCGAUUCCCUGUGGAGCCCCAGACUGCGUCUGACGUUCGGCCAAAUACCGUGGCUAUGGAGGACUAUACAGAGGUGUUCCUGUCUCAUGCACAAGUCUAUGUGUUUGCGGAGAAAUAUGACAUACAGCCGCUAAAGAAGCUCGCUCUCAAGAAGCUAUAUGAUACUCUGACAUGCUUCGCAUUGUUUCACAAGCGCGUAAAAGACAUCUUAAGCUUGAUCAAAUACGUAUAUGCGGAAACAUCGCCAUCAAGCACAGGCACAGAGGACAUCAGGAAUAUGCUAAUGUUCUACGUUGCGACCGAGAUGGAGACUGUAGAGUCUCAUGGUGGGUUCAAAGAGCUACUGAUUGAGGAUCCUGACAUGCUAGGCGAUUUCCUCGCAACUUUGGCCAGAAAUAUCAGGACAUAUUAG